CUUCGCCAAUCUGAAUUCUGGAGUUCCGAACCAUGGAGAUGUCACAGGUCGCCUACGUGCUCCUCUUCCUCGUCACCGCCGGCCUCCUCUUCCGUCUCCGGCGACGCGGGGCGGCUCCGGCGGAGCUGACAACGACGGCGCACCGCCCGCACCCGAACCCCGUCCUGGGCAACACCGUCGAGUUCAUCCGCAACCGCAGGCGCUUCUUUGACUGGUAUGCCGACCUGCUGCGCGCGGCGCCGCGCGGCGCCAUCGAGGCGUGGGGCCCUCUCGGCGCGGGGCGCGCGGUGACCACGGCGUGCCCCGCCGCCGUCGACCACCUCCUGCGCGCCAGCUUCGCUAACUAUGUCAGGGGGCCCAGCUUCCGCGCCGCGAUGUCCGACCUCAUCGGCGACGGCAUCUUCGCCGCGAACGGGCGGCUCUGGAGCCUCCAGCGCAAGGUGGCGUCCUACGCCUUCUCCUCCCGCUCGCUGCGCCGCUUCUCCGAGGACGUCCUCGGCGUCCACCUCCGCGGCAGGCUGCUUCCGUUCCUCGACACCGCCGCGGCGUCCGGGGAGGCCGUCGACCUGCAGGACGCGCUGCGACGGUUCGCCUUCGACAGCAUCUGCCACGUCGCGUUCGGCGUCGAGAGCUCGACGCUCCUCGACACGGCGGCGGCGGACCCCCGGCACGAAGCCCUCUUCGCGGCGUUCGACGCGGCCGUCGAGAUCUCCUUCAGGAGGGCCCUGACGCCGCUCACCUUCGUGCAGAAGCUCAGGAGGCUCCUCAACGUCGGCAACUCGCGCCGGCUCCGCGAGGCCGUGGACGUCAUCGACGACUACGCCAUGUCCGUCGUCGAAUCGAAGAUGGCACGUCGCGAAGACGGGGACCCGGACUUGCUCUCGCGGUUCAAGGCGGCCAUGGAUGAGGAGGACGGCGGCGAGCUCGGCGCCAUGUUCCCCACGCCGGAGGGGAAGCGCCGGCUCCUGCGCGACGUGGUCGUCAGCUUCGUGCUGGCCGGGAAGGACACGACGUCGUCGGCGCUGACGUGGUUCUUUUGGCUCCUCGCCGCGAACCCGCGGUGCGACAGGCGCGUCCGCGACGAGGUGUCACGAUCGCCGGACGGCGACGUGAAGGGGAUGCACUACCUCCACGCCGCGAUCACGGAGGCGAUGCGACUGUACCCGCCGGUGCCGUUCAACGGGAGGGUAGCGGUCGCCGACGACGUGCUCCCGGGAGGCGCGGCGGUGCGCGCGGGGUGGUUCGCCAACUACUCCGCGUACGCGAUGGGUCGGAUGGAGAAGCUGUGGGGCGAUGAAUGCCUCAUGUUCUCGCCGGAGCGAUGGCUCCAGGUUGGCGACGGCGACGGCGACGCCGGAGAGUUCGUGGGCGUGGACGCCGCGCGGUACCCGGUGUUCCACGCCGGGCCUAGGGUGUGCCUCGGGAAGGAGAUGGCGUACGUGCAGAUGAAGACGGUGGCGGCAGCCGUGCUUCGGAGGUUCAGCAUGGAGGUGGCGGCGCCGGCUCCAAGCAUGAAGUCGCCGCCGGCGUACGAGAUGACGGCGACGAUGAAGAUGAGGGGCGGGCUAUGGGUGCGGCUAAGGAAGCGCGAAGAGUGAGAGAUGCAACUUGAUUGUUUGACCAAGUCAACACUUGGUGAAGAUGUUGACUAAUGACUACACAACUGUCGUAGCACGGCAAGGGAGACGGGUCACGGGACUAUGAUGAUGGUAACACCGUGGCUUUUCGUUUUUUUGUUUGUACAAAGGGGUGUUCGGACAAGUUAUUCAACAUGUUCCAUCAAAUAUUUGCAAAUAUUUGGAUAUUUAUUAUA